CGGGGGCGGAGCUAACAGCUAAAUUGUCAUGCUUGGUUUCACGCUGGCAUUGCCAUCAAGCCGCGUCUGGCUGCCGUGCGCUGGUGCAGGUGCUCUAUUUCAUCGAGAGAGGAUGCGAAAGGAAAGAAGGGGAGGGAAGGAAUGAAGGGAACCGUCGGAGAAAAGUAUGCAGAGCAUGAAUAAAAGGGUAUCAGCAGCUGACAGUGUGUCUAACGUCCAGGGGCUCGGCUAAAAAUGAUUUAUUGAAAGGGGCACUUUGAGAUAUGAUGAGGUUUCUCUCUGGUUGGCAAUAGUACUAUGAUUUGGUAUGUGGCCACUUUGAUAGCAAGUGUAUUCAGCACCAGAGGAACAGCUGCUCAAGGUGCCCACGGAGUCAGAGAGGAACCCCAAUUUGUGACGGCUCGUGCAGGGGAGACUGUGAUUCUGGGAUGUGACGUGGCCCACCCACUCAACGGCCAGCCCUACGUGGUGGAGUGGUUCAAGUUUGGAGUGCCCAUCCCCUUCUUCAUCAACUUCCGCUUCUACCCUCCUCAUGUGGACCCCGAGUACACCGGCCGAGCCAGCCUGCAUGGCAAGUCAUCUCUACGCAUUGAGAGGGUUCGCUCGGAAGACCAGGGCUGGUACGAGUGCAAGGUCCUGAUGCUGGAACAACAGUACCACACCUUUCACAAUGGCAGCUGGGUGCACCUCACAGUCAACGCUCCCCCAACUUUCACGGACACACCGCCGCAGUAUGUGGAGGCCAAAGAGGGGGGCAGCAUCACUCUGAGCUGCACAGCCUUCGGGAAUCCCAAACCUUCAGUCAGCUGGCUCAGGGAGGGAGACCCCGUACAGGACAGCAGCAAGUAUAAGGUGAGUGAUGGCAGCCUGACGAUUGUUUCCAUCAGCCGUGAGGACAGGGGAGCGUACACAUGCCGAGCGUACAGCGAGCAGGGAGAGGUCAUCCAUACCACACGCCUACUCGUCCAAGGACCCCCGUUUAUUGUCUCACCGCCAGAGAACAUAACCGUAAACAUAUCCCAGGAUGCAUUCUUCACUUGUCAGGCUGAGGCGUAUCCUGGCAACCUAACGUACACCUGGUUCUGGGAGGAAGAUAACGUCUUCUUCAAGAAUGAUCUAAAGCGCAGAGUGAGUAUUCUGAUCGACGGUUCGCUCAUCAUCUCCCAGGUGAAACCUGAGGAUGCUGGGAAAUACACCUGCAGCCCGAGUAACAGCCUUGGGCGCCCACCUUCUGCAUCAGCGUACCUGACAGUGCAUUACCCUGCCCGUGUGGUAAACAUGCCGCCCCUUAUUUAUGUGGCCAUCGGACUGCCGGGGUACAUCCGCUGCCCGGUGGAUGCCAACCCGCCUGUCACUUCAGUGAAGUGGAAAAAAGACGGCCUGCCUCUGCGGAUAGAGAAGUACCCUGGCUGGAGCCAAAUGGAAGAUGGGAGCAUUCGAGUGUCUGAGGUGACAGAGGACUCUCUCGGCACCUACACCUGCGUGCCUUACAACAGCCUCGGUACAAUGGGACAGUCCCCUCCCGCCCCUCUGGUGCUAAAGGACCCACCCAAAUUUCUGGUGGUUCCUGGAGGGGAGUACAGGCAGGAGGCUGGUCGAGAGCUGGUCAUCCCCUGUGAGGCAGAAGGAGAUCCAUUCCCCAACAUUACAUGGAGAAAGGUAGGGAAGCCCAGCAGAAGCAAGCACAACGUCCAACCGAGAGGCAGCUUACAGUUCAAAUCUCUCAGCAAGGAGGACCACGGGGAGUGGGAGUGUGUCGCCUCCAAUGUCGCCACGAGUAUCACUGCCAGCACGCACCUCCUAGUAAUCGGCACAAGCCCACACGCCCCCGCCAAAGUCCACGUUUCGGUCUCGACGACCUCGGCCAACAUCUCGUGGGAACCCUGUUACGACGGAGGCUUUGAGCAGACAUUCUCAGUCUGGUAUGGCCAUGUGGUGAAGAGGGAGCAGUUAGGACCGCAUGACUGGCUGUCCAUGCCUGUGCCCAGCGGGCAACACUGGCUCCUUGUGCAAGGCCUGGAGCCCGAGACGGCCUACCAAUUCAGCGUCCUGGCCCAGAACAAGCUGGGGACGGGCCCGUUCAGCGAGGUCGUCACUGUGAACACACUAGAUCCCCCUCUGUCUAUAACACACUGCAGAAAGAGCGUGGAGACUCCGAGUCCUCUUACCCCUCUACCUGGCAUAGAACCCUACUGGGAAGGCCAGGAAAGGAGCAGCUACAGGCCUCCGCCCUCCAGUCCUCUAUCAUCUUCUGGAAAGGUUAGUCCAGAAAGUGUCCGCUCCAUAGGACCUCCUUCAGAGUCCUCUGAGGAUGGUUUACGAGCUAAGAAGGUUCCUCAAAGUCCUGCCAAGGAGAAGGAGCUGUCUUUAUACAAGAAGACCAAGAGAGCAAUAAUUAGCAAGAAAUAUAGCGUCUCUAAGCACGAGGCGGAGGCUACUACGCCAAUUGAAUUGAUCAGUCGUGGCCCAGAUGGGCGCUUUGUCAUGGAACCUAUGGAUGCGGAAACUCCAGUUAAGGCACGGCGCAUCGAGGGCUUCCCCUUCGUGGAGGAGUCUGACCUGUACCCUGAAUUUCGACAGUCAGAUGAGGAGAAUGAUGAUCCGGGGCCCAUGCCGCCUAUGAUGGCAACCCUCAGACCCCAUCAGAUCUCGCCCAUUUCUUCUAGCCAGGAGUCUUACUUGCAGCCCCCGGCCUACAGUCCCCGCUUCCAGAGGCCCAUGAAAGGCAUGACUAUCAUGGAAACCAGUCGACUCCAGGCUACAGGACAGAUUCGUGGUGCUCCUCACUUCCGAGCCUUUUCCCAUGGCCAGUUCUACAGCUACUUGGGAAGUCCAGGGGAACCUGAGCCUCCGCCUCCCUUCUACAUGCCAGACACCAGCCCUCUCAGCUCAGUAAUGUCUUCUCCUCCUUACCACCUGGAGGGCCCUUUUGGUCAUCCCACCAUCCCAGAGGAAAUCGGUGAGGGAGAGAUUCAGCAUUAUGCAGUCUCUGGCUACACCCUUCCCUUGGCACACCCCUCCACCUCGCGCUCUCCAGACAUCUGGCAGAGACCCGAUUUUACCUUUGCCACAAUCGAGGGUCCUCACUUUAUUUUUCCACCCCCACACCCUUUGCAUCUUCACCCAGAACCUCCCCUUCCUCCCCCUCUUGUUCUUCCUCCUAGUGCCCUCCAGCCCUCCACCGUUCAAGUAUCUCCAUACCCUGGUAUCCUGCAGCUGGAGGCCCCAAAGAGCCGCCCAGGCAAGUCUCCCAGCAAGGUCAAGCCUCAGGGCCUUCCAGCCAAGCGUUUACCUAUGCAAGAGGCACAGAGUCUAGGGCAGCUAAGACACACAAGCCACGGUAUGGGUGUACCGGUAUUGCCUUACUCUGACCCGGUGUCUCACAUGGUUGGCCCAAGCUCGUUCGGAAGCCUGGAUAUGCGAUGGUACGAGCUUACACCCAGGCUUAGCCCAAGGCAGCCCCGCAGGAUGGAACCCAGCAUGGUAGUUCUCCAGCCAUCCCGCCUCUCACCUUUAACUCAGAGCCCUAUUAGCUCUCACGAAGGCUCACCGGAGAUUGUAGUGCGCCCCAGGCCCCGCCCCAGUAUCAUCCAAACCCCGAUCCCUCCUGAGAUGUCUGAGAUCACCCUUCAACCUCCUUCUUCAGCUAGUUUCUCUAGAAGGUCCUCCCCCUCCUCCUCUCCUGCUCAAGGCCAAGGCAGCCGAAGGGCAAGUCCCAGCUACCGAUCCCACAUGGCAUUUGCCACCUCAGCAGCAAGCUAUCCGUCACAGUCCCCUUCACCUCCUAUAGAAAGCAGCAACAUUUUCGGGCAGAUGCCAACCCAGAGGAGGACUGAGGAGGAGAUCCUUCCAUCAGAACCCUCUCCACCCCAGUUAUCAGCUUCAGGAAAACGUCGAGGUGCAACAAGUGGCUCUGCAGGGUCUGAGAGGAUAGAAGCACUGAGAUAUCAACGAGUGAAAAAAGCCAAGAAAGUCGGUGUCAACAAUAACAACUCCAAGACCAGACGAAAGAUGGGUGUGCCCCCCUCUCAGACCCAGCAGCCCCACACCUCUCAGGUCCUCCAGCCAGAAGAAGCUCUCUACCUCCGCAAGAAGAAGAAAAAGUUGACUCGCCAGGACCCGUAUGCCCGUUUCUCCGCUCUGCUGUACCGCCGCCCGCCCCGAGAUGACCAGAAAGCCAUUUUGGCCAGUAUGGACACAGCAGACCCAGACCACGCCACUCUCCUCUGAAGUCCCAGAGAUUACAGGCCACACUCUCCCCAAACUCUGAGCUCCUUCCACCUUUGCUCAGCCAGCCAACGUCUUCAAGUCCACACCCGCCUCCAGUGGUUUACUCCUCUUCUCUUUUCCGUUACGCUCAAUGUAUCACAAGAAAAUGCUUGUGCUCCAAGGUUUUGCUCUAGUCCAUUUACCUCAAAUUCAGAAGGAUCAGUCAUGUUGAGCCGAUUAAAAAUAAUAUCUUAUAUGCUUCAGCUUAUCUUUGGGAUUUAGUGACUCUUAUCAGAUGGUGCGUCAGAUAAGAGCACAGCUGUCAAGCUUCUGUUUCAUUCUGCCAACAGUCUCGACCACAUCUAGCAGAUCACAGGGUUUUCACAGGUAUACCUCAAACACACCACAAUCUCCGUGCUGCUAUACUGACAAACACAGUAGACGUUAACAAUCUAAACAUUUGUUUGUAUUUUCAAAUAUGACAUUCCACAGUGCAAAUUUCGGACAUA